CAUGCACAGGAAUCUAGCCCUGCCUAGAAAUUCUAAGGCAGGCCAAUUUUCUUCAAAUCCUCCUCCUCCUUUCUUACACGAGCUAGCUAGGGUUCGGACCUAAACCGAUCGACAUCGAAAAUGGGUCCUCCCCAGCUGUAUCGUUUCUUCAUCGCGUUCUUCGCUUUCGCUUCCCUCGCCGCCACCAUUGGCCAGGCAGAGGAAGCAAGCGGCGCUGCUGUCAAAUACCAUACGCCUUUAAACGGCACAACAUUGGCGGCCGCCACCACUACCACCUCCACCCGCCCACGGGUCACCCAUUUGGCAUUCAACGCCACAAGGAGGAGCCUAGGAUCCAGAGGAAAGUACGGCGGGCCAUGCAAGCCCACCAACCCAAUCGACAAGUGCUGGCGAUGCCGGCCCGAUUGGCAUCUCAAGCGCAAGAAGCUAGCCGAUUGCGCCAUCGGGUUCGGCCACAUGGCCACCGGGGGCAAAAAGGGAAAGAUCUACGUCGUCACCGACCCCUCUGAUAACGACGUGGUCAACCCGAGACCCGGGACCCUCCGCCACGCCGUGAUCCAGAGAGAACCAUUGUGGAUCAUAUUUAAAAGCGACAUGACGAUCAGACUAAAGCAGGAGCUGAUAAUGCAAGGCGACAAGACAAUCGACGGGCGCGGGGCCAACGUCCACAUUGCCUACGGGGCCGGAAUUACGAUCCAAUUCGUCAAGAACAUUAUCAUCCACAACAUUUUCAUCCAUGACAUUGUGGUUACUCCUGGGGGACUGAUCAGAGACUCUGUAGACCACAUUGGGCUCAGAACGGUUGCCGAUGGAGACGGGAUUUCCAUCUUCGGAGCAGAGAACAUAUGGCUCGAUCAUCUGUCCAUGAAGAAGUGUUCCGAUGGGAUCAUCGAUGCUGUCGAGGGGUCUACCGGCAUCACCAUCUCGAAUUGCCAUUGGACGGAUCACGAUCAUGUGCUACUGUUUGGAGCGCGGGAUACAACCACAUUGGAUGACUCUAUGAGAAUCACAGUGAUAUAUAACCAUUUCGGAAAGAGGUUAGUUCAGAGAAUGCCGAGGGUCCGAUCGGGGAUCGUUCACGUCAUCAACAACGACUACACUCACUGGGAGAUGUACGCCAUCGGCGGCAGCCACCACGCCACCAUCAUCAGCCAGGGCAACCGCUACAUCGCCCCUCCUAGGCCUGAGUUUAAAGAGGUGACUCACAGGAAUGAUGCCCCGGAGGCAGAGUGGAGGACAUGGACAUGGAGAUCGGAGGGAGAUCUAUUCAAGGGCGGAGCCUUCUUUGUCGAGUCCGGAGACCCGAACGGGGUUGGCAAAUUCGGAGGCCUUGACCGGACUGCUCCUCGACCCGCCAAAGCCGUGAAGAGUCUCACCCGCUUCGCGGGCGUCAUUGGCUGCAGACCGGGGGUACCAUGCUAGAAAACAUACAAAAGUUGUACCAAUUGAUGUUGAAUGUAGCAGUGGAAAUGGU